UAGAACUGGUGGUCGAUGGAAUUUCUGCUAACACUUUUUGCAUUGUUUUCUGGCGGUUUGUUAGCUCCAAAGCUAGUGGCAGUGUCAAAUAUUGUAGCUUUUGCAAAUCCAAAUGCGCCGGUGUACCCACGCUUAGCACAAGGAAAAACAUGGAAUGAAAUGACCGUAACAUGGACAAGUGGAUAUGGGAUCAAUGAAGCAGAACCUUUCGUUCAAUGGGGUCCAAAAGGAAGAGAACAGAGCCGUUCCCCAGCUGGGACAGUGACUUUUGAUCGCAGCAGUAUGUGUGGUGCGUAAAUAUCUAUAAAUGUAAAUAUACA